UCGCCGCUGGCGGUGGGGCGGCUGCCAGUUUUUUUUUUUUUUUUUUUAAUUUUUGAGUGUGGUGUUCUAAGGCUUUCGGUGCGCACGGGAGGACCCGACACCGUAAAUAAGCAUAUGGGCGACUAACAGGAAGUUUUCUCAGAGAUAACUUCACCAAGAUGUCCAGUGAUAGGCAAAGGUCGGAUGAUGAGAGUCCCAGCACCAGCAGCGGCAGUUCAGAUGCAGACCAGCGAGACCCUGCAGCUCCAGAGCCCGAGGAACAGGAAGACAGGAAACCUUCCGCCACCCAGCAGAAGAAGAGCACCAAACUUUCUAGCAAAACGACUGCUAAGUUAUCCACUAGUGCUAAAAGAAUUCAGAAGGAGCUAGCUGAAAUCACCCUUGAUCCUCCUCCCAACUGCAGUGCUGGCCCUAAAGGAGAUAACAUUUAUGAAUGGAGAUCAACUAUACUUGGUCCACCAGGUUCUGUAUAUGAAGGUGGUGUUUUUUUUCUGGAUAUCACAUUUUCUUCAGAUUAUCCAUUUAAGCCACCAAAGGUUACCUUCCGAACCAGAAUCUAUCACUGCAACAUCAACAGUCAGGGAGUCAUCUGCCUGGAUAUUCUAAAAGACAACUGGAGUCCUGCUUUGACUAUUUCAAAGGUUUUGCUCUCAAUUUGUUCUCUUUUGACAGACUGCAACCCUGCGGAUCCUCUGGUUGGAAGCAUAGCAACUCAGUAUUUGACCAACAGAGCAGAACAUGACAGGAUAGCCAGACAGUGGACCAAGAGAUACGCAACAUAAUUCUCAUGAUUUGUAUGCAGUGUGAAGGAGCAGAAGGCCUCUUCCCACUGUGCUGCGGAUCUUUAUAGCCUUUACAAUACGGACUUCUGUGUAUAUGUUAUACUGAUUCUACUCUCUGCCUUUAUCCUUUGGAGACUGGGAGACUCCCCCAAAAGGUAAAUGCUAUCAAGAGUAGAACUUUGUAGCUGUAGAUUAGUUACGUUUAAAAUGCCUACUUGCAAGUCUUGCUUCUUUGGGAUAUCAAAAUGUAUUUUGUGAUGUACUAAGGAUACUGGUCCUGAAGUCUACCAAAUAUUAUAGUGCAUUUUAGCCUAAUUCAUUAUCUGUAUGAAGUUAUAAAAGUAGCUGUAGAUGACUAGGAAUUAUGUCAUUUGUAUUAAGCCCAGAUCUAUUUCUGAGUAUGUGGUUCAUGCUGUUGUGAAAAUGUUUUACCUUUUACCUUUGUCAGUUUGUAAUGAGAGGAUUUCCUUUUACCCUUUGUAGCUCAGAGAGCACUGAUGUAUCAUCUCAAACACAAUAAACAUGCUCCUGAAGGCAUA